CUUCUCCUCGAUGCCUUACAGUCUCAUACCGGUACACUGCUCUCCAUUCAGCCGUAUGCAGAUUUUGAGUCCCGGGAGGUGGGACGAGGGCAGGGCCGUUGGAAUGCGACGUGUCCCGCGACACUCUUAAAAACACUUCUCUUUCCGCGUCUCCACAAACCACCUUCAAGAAGUUCACCUGCGAGUUGAAUCCGCCCCGCCUCCGAGCGAAGGUCCAAACCCGAGCGCACUUCACCGGAGCGAGAUGCCUGGAAACGCAACACCAAAACCGGAUCUGCAAAAAUCCACUAAUGUGGUUUACCAGGCCCAUCAUGUCAGCCGCAGCAAGAGAGGGCAGGUCGUGGGAACCAGAGGAGGUUUCAGAGGAUGUACAGUCUGGCUCACAGGUCUGUCAGGGGCUGGUAAGACAACAGUGGGAUUCGCUUUAGAGGAGUAUCUGGUCUCUCACGCCAUUCCCGGCUACUCUUUGGAUGGUGAUAACAUCCGUCACGGCCUGAAUAAGAACCUGGGCUUUACUUCUGAGGAUCGAGAGGAGAAUAUUCGACGUAUUGCUGAAGUGGCCAAACUGUUUGCAGAUGCUGGGCUUGUUUGUAUUACAAGUUUCAUCUCGCCGUUUACCAAAGACCGUGCAGAGGCCCGGAGCAUCCAUGAGAAAGCAGGUUUGCCAUUUUUUGAGGUGUUUGUGAACGCUCCUCUAGAUGUGUGCGAGAGCAGAGACGUUAAAGGACUCUACAAAAAAGCUAGAGCUGGACAGAUUAAAGGUUUCACCGGUAUUGAUUCUGAGUAUGAGUGUCCAGAGGCUCCUGAGCUGAUUCUGAAGACCGGAGAGCUCACAGUGAACGAAUGCAUUCUGCAGCUGGUGGAACUUUUGAAGGAGCAGAGCAUUGUUCCCAGUGGAGAUUUAGAGGAGAUUAAUGAACUCUUUAUGCCUGAGGACAGACUGAAGCUGGCACAGACAGACGCCAGCACCCUGCCCUCUAUCAGCAUCACCAAGCUGGACUUACAGUGGGUGCAGGUGUUGGCUGAAGGAUGGGCUAGUCCUCUGAAGGGUUUCAUGAGGGAGAGAGAAUACCUACAAGUCAUUCACUUCAACACCCUACUUGAUGGUGGUACCAUCAACCUCUCAAUACCCAUUGUCCUUCCUGUUGCAAUGGAGGUUAAAGAACGUCUAAAAGGCAGUGUGGCUGUGGCUCUGGAGUACCAGGGAAAACGUGUCGCCAUCUUACGCAACCCAGAGUUCUAUGAGCAUCGAAAGGAAGAGCGAUGUGCACACCAAUGGGGGACAACCUGCCCCAAACACCCUUAUAUAAAGAUGGUUUUGGAAAGCGGUGAUUGGCUGGUUGGAGGUGAGCUAGAGGUAUUGGAGCGAAUCAGAUGGAACGAUGGGCUGGAUCAGUACCGUCUCACUCCACGGGAGCUAAAGGAGAGAUUUAAAGAGAUGAAAGCAGACGCUGUGUUUGCUUUUCAACUCAGGAACCCGGUGCAUAAUGGCCAUGCCCUGCUUAUGACCGACACACGUCGACGACUGGAGGAACGCGGGUAUCGAAGGCCAGUGCUGCUUUUGCAUCCUUUGGGUGGCUGGACCAAAGAUGAUGACGUGCCUCUGGACUGGAGGAUGAAACAGCAUGCGGCCGUGCUGGAGGACGGCAUUCUAGACCCACAAUCCACCAUUGUGGCCAUCUUUCCCUCCCCUAUGAUGUACGCUGGGCCUACAGAGGUCCAGUGGCACUGUCGUGCAAGGAUGGUAGCAGGUUCUAAUUUCUACAUUGUGGGUCGUGAUCCUGCUGGGAUGCCCCAUCCAGAGUCAGGACAGGACCUGUAUGAUCCAUCUCAUGGAGGUAAAGUUCUAUCCAUGGCCCCUGGACUCACCUCUGUGGAAAUUAUCCCCUUCAGAGUGGCUGCAUACAAUAAGACCAAGAAGGCUAUGGACUUCUAUGACAAAGACAGACAUGCUGAUUUUGAGUUCAUCUCCGGGACCAAGAUGCGCAAGCUGGCCCGCAGUGGAGCGAGCCCUCCUGAUGGCUUCAUGGCCCCUAAAGCCUGGAAGGUCCUCACAGAGUAUUACACUUCUCUACAGAAAGACCAGUGAUGACACAUUCAAGACGUUCCAACACAGAAAACCUCACAGCGCAUGUGGUCCACACUGAGAAUGACUCGGUACACUAAACUACUUCAAGGCAUUGAAAAAUGUAGGCGCAUACUUACAAGAUUUCCUGUGAGGAAUUAUUUUACUACAGCAUUGUUUUUAAAUUGAAUUAUAAACAUGCUUUUUCAACUGUGAAAUUUAAACUGAUGUGCCUUAAUUAACAGAUUGUCAGUCCCAAACAGAUUAUGAGAUCUUAAAUUGUAUUUAGGAAUGUGUUUUGUAUUUUAGCCGGCAUUUAAAAGAAAAAGUAUAUCAAUUGUAAUCUAAAUGAAGCAAUUACUCUACUGUUCAAAAGUUUGGGGUUGGUAAGAAUGUUUUUUAAAGUCUCUAAUGAUCAACAAACUGCAUUAAUUUGAAUUACUUUACAAUUUGAAGUAACUGUUUUAAUAUAUUUUUAAAAUGUAAUUUUUUGCUGUGAC